ACAUGAUUUACUACUACCCCAUACAGGUUCAGCUAUUUUAAGAGUAAGGGUAGACAAGUAAUCAGUAGAAAUUACAUUAAAUUAAAUUACAUGGCGUAAUACAUUUAUUGUAGUAUAGUAUAGUUGUUUUGAAGAUGACUACAGCUAACAGCCUAUGUUCACUUUCUUUCAGAAAAUGCAUGCGUAUCCAGUUUUCCGUCGGCAGUCAGCCACAUCAGCCCGGCUCCUCAUGGCACCCACAAGGAGACACGGGCUGUUUGUUGUUGGAGUUUGGAGACUUUGAGGGCCGCUCUCUGAAAGAGGUGCACGAGGACCAGAGCCACGGGGCCCAGAAACUCGUCAGGUACGUGCUACAGUCAAAUGCAUGGCCCAACACCAACAUGGCCCUUUUCAAGGCAUAUAUUUUGAAAAGACGGUCAGCUGAGGGUACCAGUACCAGGGAGCAUCAGCCAUCUCCAGCCUCCAGUGCCAGCGCCUCUUCUCCUGCCCCGUCACCUACCACCAUCCAAACGGGUCCACGGACGCCUGCCUCUGUAAAAGCUCUGCUGGCACGUGGCAAACACUUGCCUCCCUCACAGCUGGCCAAAAAACUUGUGUCACCUGUGAAACCCUCUCCAGCACCGCAAUUGUCUGGCUCCAGCACUGCACAUCGGCACCCGGAACCCAUUCCCCAACAGUUGCGCUUCCUCUGUGGCCUACCUAACAAUUUUACUAUUUGUGCUCCAGGCCCUUCUGAGGCCGACGAUGAGGAACUUGUGCGUGCCACACAAGAGUGUGAGACACAGCUGCAAACAGCAGCCACCAUGCCUCCUCUAGCAGCCACCAUGCCUCCUCCAACAGCCGUCAUGCCUCCUCCAAGGGCACCCUGA